AUGUCAAAAGUACCAAGAAGUUUCAGGUUAUUGGAAGAACUAGAGAAGGGUGAAAAGGGCCUUGGACCUGAAUCCUGUAGUUACGGUUUAGCUGAUGCAGAUGAUAUUACAAUGACUAGAUGGAAUGGUACAAUCCUUGGACCACCACACAGUAACCAUGAGAACCGUAUAUACUCGGUUUCCAUUGAAUGUGGACCAAAAUACCCUGAUGAACCACCCACUAUCACAUUUAUCUCUAAGAUAAACCUUCCAUGUGUGGAUCAAUCCACAGGUGAAGUUAAUAAAGAAAAGUUUAACACAUUAAAGGAUUGGAAAAGACUUUAUAAUAUGGAGACUAUUCUGCUAGACCUCAGAAAAGAGAUGGCUUCUCCAGCAAAUAAGAAGCUAGUUCAACCAGAAGAAGGAAGCACUUUCAAAUGA